CUGGGAAAUCAGCGAGAUUUGUAAACUCUUAUUGUUGUGUGACUAUCUUGCGUGACAAGUUACGCUACCCACAGCUCACCGCGCGCCCCAUUUUGGCGCUAGAAUUUACUUUUUCUCCGGUUUGGAUGUAUCGAAAGUGGAGCUCUAGAGAAUUUCUCGAAAUAACGCGACGUUUGAUCAGAUCUUUAACCAUUUCGAGUAGUAUUGUCAGGCCAAAGCACUGUACUACGGUGUUCCGUGAUCGAAGGGAUUCAAUCCACUCAAUUCCUGACUUAAUUCGGUCUCGUAGUGUGAACUUAUUAUCAAGGCGAGUUUUUCGAUCGACAGCCACGUUUUGUACUGGUGCGUUACACAGAAGAAAGAAAAGAAUGGAAGAUUUGGAAAUAACCGAUUUAAAGGUCGUCCCGUGUGAAAAUUCAAGGUUUAUUCAACCCUCAAGGGUAGUUUUUAAUCAGAAUGGGAGUCGCAGAAUGUGGGACUAUCUGAUUGUUCAUAGUAGUGUUGCUUGUCUGAUGUUCAAUACAACAAGGCAGGCAUUUGUUUUAGUGAAGCAGUUUCGACCAGCUAUUUACAUGCACAACAACAGAGCUCUUCAUAACACGAAACAUGGAAUUGAUGGCACUCUUGUUAAGAGUGAAGACCCCAAAACUGAAGCUCUUGCUGACCCGACAUCAGGCAUAACCUACGAACUAUGUGCAGGGAUCAUAGACCAGAACAUAAGUCUUGUUAAGCUUAUGAAGCAAGAAAUGCUAGAAGAGUGUGGCUAUGAUGUGCCUGAAAAUAAAAUCGAAAGAGUGACAUCUUUUCGUGCUGGGGUUGGCAGCACAGGUGCUGUUCAGACAAUAUUCUAUGCAGAGGUGACAGAUGAAAUGAUUGUUACAGGUGCAGGGGGUGGAAAUCUUCAGGAAGGAGAGAGAAUUGAAGUUUAUUAUCUUCCUUUAGAUAAGAGUAAAGAAUUUGUAUUCAAUGAAUCUCUAGCUAAGCCCGCUGCACUACUUUUUGCAUUUUUGUGGUACUUUAAUAAAAAUGGGUUAUAAAACUGAUGGUGGUUCUAAUCUUUAUUAGAAUUGUAUUUCUAUUCUAUUUAACAGCAUGACAAAUAAAAUCAUAAACAUAAAA